AUGACAUGUUUACACAUGGGUCUCUCGGCAAAUGGAAGUUCAGUGGGAUGGAAUCAGACGCACCAUUGCAAGCUCCUUGACGGGUUGGCCCCGGACCAGCUCCAGGUCUGUCGGAGGAACUUGGAACUGAUGCACAGCGUAGUGCACGCUGCCAAAAUUACUAAGACUGCCUGCCAGACAACAUUCAAGGAUAUGCGAUGGAACUGCUCGUCAAUUGAGAGUGCGCCUCGUUUUACACCAGACUUGGCAAAGGGUACCAGGGAGUCCGCGUUUGUAUUCGCGUUUGCUGCCGCCGUGGUGAGUCACUCAAUCGCGAGGGCUUGCGCCUCCGGAGAGCUCCCGAGCUGCACGUGCGCCCCUGCACCGGCGGAGCACGCCUCUCCGGACUUCCGAUGGGGAGGCUGUGGCGACAACAUUGGCUACGGACUGCAGAUGGGCUCUGCGUUCUCCGACGCGCCCAUGAAAAAUCGUAGAUCUGGCCCCCAUGCUUUCAGGCUGAUGCAUCUGCACAAUAAUGCAGUGGGAAGACAGGUUCUGGCAGAUGCUGUGGACACAAAGUGCAAGUGUCACGGCGUGUCUGGGUCAUGCUCUGUCAAGACGUGCUGGAGGGGCCUGUACGACAUUGGACAUAUUGCAGAUGACCUAAAGGCCAAGUACCUCUCAGCCACAAAGGUCACCCAUCGCGUUGUCGGUACACGCAGGCAGCUUGUUCCUAAGGAGAUGGAUGUGCGACCUGUCCGAGAGGCCGAGCUUGUUUACCUGGUCAGCUCACCUGAUUACUGUAAUAACAACUCCAAACUCGGCUCCUAUGGCACACAGGACAGGGAGUGCAAUAAGACGUCCAGUGGCAGCGACGGCUGUGGCCUGAUGUGCUGUGGCAGGGGCUACAAUGCCUACACGGAGCAUGUGGUGGAGCGCUGCCACUGCAAGUACCACUGGUGCUGCUACGUCACCUGCAAGCACUGCGAGCGCACGGUGGAGAGGUACGUCUGUAAGUGAACUCACGAGUGAUGGGGUCAGAAGACGCAAGAAAAAAUAAACAAGGACCGGCAGAUGGAUAAAAGAAGAGAAAAGAGGUCACAAACAGUGCCACAUUGGGACAACAAAACACUGCUGUGGCCUCCAAGCUGCCUUGCACAGUACACAACACAUAGGCCUUGUUUCCAUAAGGGAGAGGCUUGCUUUUGUGGAGGCCCUGCGACCAUAGCGACACCUGACAGAAGAAACCAUAGCGAUGGCUUCUACAGACAACGCGCACAGCUGCAAGACGAGCCAGGUUCUGUUGACACGCCAUGUGACGGAUGGAGGGCGCAGCAGCAGCGGUCCCCUUUGAAUGGACGAAAAGCUUUGUGGAGAGACAAAAAGACUGGGGAUAAAUAAUAAAGAAAGGCUUUUCCAGAAAUGACACACACACACACACACAGAGACCGCUCAGAACAAACGGAUCCUUGCACAUUAACUUCUCAGCUGAACUGAGCCGAGGCAAGAGAUGCCAGAGGCCUGUCUUCACAGAGAAGCGCUGUUGAAAGCAAUCCUAAUGCAAUACUGCACUGAGCAAAAUGAUUCAUGGUUUUUGAGCAAAUAUUGCUCCAGACUGAAUGUUUUAGUUGCUCUUUGGUGUUUUCUCAUCCUAUAACACAUCCUUGUGGAGAUUUGUCAGCAUAAACAGUCACCACACCUUUUCAGUUGUAUUAAUUAGUUAUCUUAAACUAGUUAAAGUGUUUAAAAAAACUAAGAUGAUGAUCUCUUGGUUUCCACAGACAGUAUGGUGUCUCUGAGUACAAAUGAAAUGCACUUACAAAAGUAGAGGGUAUUUUAAGGUGAAUGUGCAAUAACAUUUAAGGUAAUGGUACGCAGGGCAACCUUUGAGCAAUGUUGCCAAAAAAAAGUUGUUUGCUGCUGAUCAAAGUUCUCUUGAUAAAAAUGUUAUAGUGACUAACAGUCAACAUAUACUAUAUAAACAACGUAUCGUUGCCCAGAAACACUGUUCAAAAAGUUGCCCUGUUUUCCAUCAACUUAGACCUUCUGCAACCCAGCUUAACCUGCUACUGUAAAUGAAGGAUAUGAUUAUGAUUUAUGUAAUCUUCAA